AUUGCCUUAUUUCUAGUAGAGCGUUUUUGUUGUUGCCCGCGCAUUACGCGAAUCCGCGCAUCACGCGCACGGACACGGUACUACAGCCACAACCGCGCAAACGCCAUACACUCGUAAACGUCUCGUGUCUCCAAUUAGCCCGCUUUUCCAGCUUCUGCCGCUAUUCCGCAGACAUUCUCUCUAAGCAUACCACCCUUGUUUUAUCUCGUUGGAUAAUAGCGAACCAUCUUGUAGAGCGGAGCGGGAGGCAGCGGUUCGGGCGUCGAUGGUUGAAAUACUAGCGUUUUCGUGGGAGCUUAAUCUUGGUCAAGUACCGGAUGGUGAUCAAGGAGUGGUGAGAGCAUGUGGCGCGCGGUAUCAAAGGUCGGGUCGGGAAAAAUAUUUAUUCCACCAUUGA